CCGAGCGCGCGGUAAUCAAAUCAAAUCGUUGUGCACAGUUCAGACAACACAGUCGGAAGCUGGAAGGACCCGCCGAACAUUUGAUUGACGGUAGCGAAAAACGCAUUCGUCGGUUGAACUUUGAAUUUUAGAGUCUGCAUGUUAUUGAAAGGCGCAGUAAGCAAUUUGAUGGCGCUAAGAAAGCGGUGAGGCCGUGUAAACGAGCGCAGAACGAGCGGCGAAGCCGCGAAGAGCCUGGGAGAAAAAGAGGCUCUGCCUAGGACUGAGAGCGACUUCAGUGACUUUCCCCAAUGCCAGAUCGGUUUAAAGCUCUCAAAGCUUCUUGUUUUCUAAUUCUCGGUCGGAUGCUCUUGGCCCUGGCCAUCAGUCUUUUUUCAAAGUCAGCUAAUGUCGGCCGCCAUCUUGAAAUAAAGUUUGGUCGUCUGUAGUCCAGUGCAGUGGAGUGUGCAGUCUGAUGUUCGACUGGUGUGCUGUCACGACUGUCAGCGAGGGUCUAGAAUGGUAUUCUCGGGAUCCGGAAUUUGACCAAAAUACGGUGCGGGAAUCGGGAAAACGAUGAAUGGCCCUGUGCGACUGUCAACGGGAAGUUACGUUAUGUAUGUGUUAUUUAUUGUACCCACGUAUAUCCCUACCUCCUCUUACAUGACGUACAAUCUAAACAAACAGCCGUAACGUUGCAACGAGUUGUGGUUUGAUUCUGGUAGAAUUUGUCGUCACAUACAUCCUUUUAACAUGUCUGUGAGAACCAUAGACUUCUCUUCCAGUGCCUAUGCUAAAACAAAGAGUUUCAAAGCGAAAGAAAAUAACACAACAGCCUCAAGAAUUAAAGAAAAGAACCCACCACCAUCAGGAGUUAAAAGCUCUUGGACGCCAUUAAAACAAGACUUGAACGAAAAGCUCUUCGAUGAGAGAAAAGAACUUUUAAGCAACUGGUUUGACAGGUGGUCAGAUGUCCAAAGAAAGACAGUUCUUGAAAUCCUGUUAUCCAAGUGCAAGAAUUCUCAACUACAAUACACAUUCUCCUUGAUUGAUGACAGAAUUCCCAUCACUCAUAUAGACUUCACGCGUAAACUUCCACGAGUAAUAACGGUGUACAUGAUGUCCUUUUUGGAUCCUCGGAGUCUUUGUCGCUGUGCUCAAGUUUGUUGGUUCUGGAAAUAUUUGUCUGAGCUUGAUCAGAUUUGGAUGCCAAAGUGUUUUAAGUUUGGUUGGAUUUUACCAUUUGUUCCUACUCCUUUUGAACAAGGAGUUUGGAAGAGACAUUACCUUGAGUGUGUAAGAGGAUUGCAGUAUAUCAGACCAAAGUCUCCUCCAGGAUCGCCAAAGUCAAUUCCAGCUGAGAAAACAGUAUCAAGAGGCCAGAGUAAAGGCCAACUGUUUAAGAAAACCAACAAAAAGUCAUCAGAUCAUGACGUCCCCCCCUGGAGGGGACCUGACCCACAUCCCAGUGACAUCAAGAGAAGAGUCUCCUCGGAUGGAUAUGUAGGAGGGUGCAGACGAUGCCACAUGUCAACGAAUGUGGAUGUAACUGAACCACAUGAUCAUCAACAUACACACAAAAAAGGAACUGCUGUUAAAUCCAGUUCUAAACCAAGGAUACGCCCUGCUUCUGCAAAUUUUGCCUCAGAAUCAGAGACUGCAAGCACAAAGUUUGACAGCAGAACAGGUCGACCAGACUGGGCAGUUCAGUCAUCAAUUACUCCUGUGAAGGCCAGUCGACCUCCACCGCCUGAGAUAAAACCUUCUGCUACAAUAUUGGGCAAAUCUAGAGAUGCCAGAAAACCUCCAGCUGAGGAGUUAUUUCAAAUUCAACCAUGGAGAAGACCGCCAGAAUAUGACUCGGAUUAAACAAGGAGCUGCUGGGUCACAUGCAAGUUCGAGAUAAAUCAAAUGUCCCUUAGUCUGAUGUUUGUUAGAGGCUGACAGUGAAACCAUAUCGCAGAUGUUGGUAUGAAGCUGGACUGUUUUGCCAACUGAUAGAGCUGGCUGUACAAAGAGACUGAUGUAAACUAUCUAGUGAUGGUGUCAUAUCGUGUGCAAACUACUUGGCAGGGUCCGAUGGAAGCCAUAGCCCUAAUUGACAAUGAACAUUGUGGGUCUACCUUACCGGGCCCCGUAGAAUCUAGGUCUUACUUGACAGAAGCUCAAGGGACAUUUGUCCCCCUCCUGCCAGGAUUCCAUGGCUCUACCUGACGGAGUCCCUGAGAUCGUUAGGGUUCUUUUUGGAAACGCCUCGUGGAAUUUUAGACUCUACUUGACAGGUUGUCAAAGGAUAUUAGGGUCCUCUUGACUGGUUUCCACGGGAUUUAGGCUGUACAGAGUACCACACAGCAGGAUUCUUCCUGGGUCUUCUGGAUCGGUAGGAUUUCAGUGGAUUCAGGCUUUACAUGAUUGUUACGCCACGUGCUGUUGGACUGCAAUGAAGAAUGUACGACGUUCUGGUGAGGAAAGUCAUGUAUUGUGCACCACCAAUAUGAAGAGAACUCAUUUACUUUACCUAUGAGUUCUAGUGAUACGGUCCCUCCUUGACUACUUUUGAUGGGUUCAAACAAGGCUGUAGGACUCUGACAUGUGAUAAAACAGUGUCCCAUUUGAAGACGUCACUUCUCCAAUCACCAAAUCGUGCUAACACUAGCUCAUCUUACUCAACGGAAAGAUACAGGAACAGAGACUGGAGCAUUUUGAUUACUUACAAGUAACUUUCUGAGCUUGUGGUUUUGUCAGAGAAGUAAAAAAAUACAACUUUGAUAAUCGUUGGAUAAAAAUAAUGUAAAACGCGCGCUCUAGUUGUUUGGUUUACCAAAGGCUAUGUAAAAUCGGUAUCACGUAUUUUUGUAUUUUUAGGUAUAUUUUAUCAAAGAACUGAAAUAGAAAACGGUUUUCCUAAUGGUACGUGACAUUGAAAGGACUUACGAGUACCGCUCUCCCGCACCAACUGGUGAACUUUUGAAAGCGGCUUCUUAUGUGCUAAAUCAUGAAAUGGCUCAAUAAAAAGGGUGGCUCCAAAGAGGGUGGUUCUGCGAAGAGCUUUUCCGCAUUCUGGCCGCGCGUAAAUUGGAGCGAGAGCAAAAACCCCCCGCUUCGUGGAGCUU